AUGAAGACUCGAACGGUGUCUGCCGAUAGCAGUGAAGCUUACAUCAAGGAAACUGCCCCAGAGAAGUAUUGGCCACUUCUUCCAAAGUUCGAGAUUGGAUGCAAAUCUGAUCAAGAGUACUCGGCGGAUGCAAUUCUGCUGGCUACCGAUUUCUCCUUGACGCAGUAUGACGUCGAGCUCACAGGUCGGGAUGGCCGCACCCUUGAAGACCAUUGGAACGAAUUCGGCUAUAAGGAGGCUUACAAGUCAAUUGCCAUGUCCGGAUUUCCCAAUUUCUUCUACAUUUUGGGCCCCAAUUCAGGGAAAGGCCACACAUCCACCAUCUAUUCCAUCGAAAACCAUGUUGACUUGGUCAUAAAGGUGAUCACUCCAGUCAUUAAAGAGCAAUCAUCCUUUGUAGAGGUCAAAGCCGAUAGCGAAAGACUCUACGAUGAGAAAUUGCACGCAUCCAUUGCCAAAACUGUUUUCAACGAUUCAUGCGGGAGCUAUUUCAUAGACAAGAAGUCUCGAAAGAAUUGGUUUAUAUAUUCGUGGAGCUCUUUUGCCAUGUGGUACUCAACUCAUUGGGAUAACGCAGAUGACUGGAUUUACGCCGCUCAGCUCAGCACAAAGUAUCGGGUGCUCCGAUCUGGUCGCGCGGCACGGAUCCUCAGCUUGGGCCUUGCUUUACUUGGAUGGAUUGUGAUGCUUGGGUUGAAGUUUCAACUCGCGUGA